GAGACCAUUUCUUGUGCGUCAGAGAAGAUAUAGGAGCUAACAAAAAAAAAAAAAAAUAAAGCAAAGUGGAUAAUGAUCAUCUAUUGCUCCACUCCCAUCCCCAUGAUCAGCUUUCUUUUUGCUUACUCGGUGGAGUAAACCUGUUUCUGGGUUUUUGGCAGAUUUCAUUCAAGUUCUCACAGUUUGUCGGCCGGGACUUCGAAGUUCAAAGUUGGGAACUUUACAUCAGUGAUUGGAAGAAUAAAUGGGACAUGUAUAUUUCAGGAAUGAGAUAUCUGAAAUCCCUUCAACUGCCCAUGGCAAUGCUGUGAAAAAUACAAACAUUAUUGAAUUUGGCUCAUCAAUGGACGACAUUUUCAACUGUCUGUUGACAUUGGCUAGUUAUAUAGGCCAUCAAUUUAUUACAUUUAUCGAGGAUCUUGUGCUCAGAGAUCUUAAUAGUUGCUCAGAGAAUUUAGUGGUCAAUUCUAAUGAACAAGACCCAAGAUCUUCUUCAGAAGGUUGUUCAUCAUCAUCUCUACCUUGUAUUGACUGUACAUGUCUCAGAAUCUGUGAAAGAAGAUACCAAGAACCCACAGAAGAAUUGUCUGUAGAUACAAGAUCUCUGAUUAUAAAAACCAUUGAUUUUUAUGCAGGUCCCCUUUUCAUUUUUCAAGGGUUGGUGUUCCCGUUGUACGGAUUACAGUUUGCCUGGAGGUUGACAAUAUCGUCUUGCAGAUGCUAUUUCUCUUACAUCAGAUGUGUUCAAAGCCAAAUUUGUAGCAUCAUAUCUCGAGUACGGAAAACAUUGCGUGGUUCUUCUGAUGAUAUUGGAUGGUUGCAGCAGACUCCAGGGAUGCCUUUUUUUUGGUGGUUGCGGCAAACGCCAGGAAUGCCUUCCGUGAAGGAUGGCACAGCAAGAUUCUUGGAGUUACUUGCAGAAAUAAGGAACGGAGAGCACACACUUCCCAACUCAUAUGUUUACCUACUAAUUCCCGGCCUUUUUAGUAAUCAUGGUCCGUUGUACUUCGUCGGAACUAAACGGUUCUUUUCGAAGAUGGGUCUAGCUUGCCAUAUUGCAAAAAUCCACAGUGAGGCAUCGGUGGAACACAAUGCCUGGGAACUUAAGCAAUAUAUUGAAGAGCUCUAUUGGGGAGCUGGCAAGCCUGUGAUGCUGCUAGGGCACAGCAAAGGUGGGGUUGAUGCCGCAGCCGCACUGUCGAUGUACUGGACUGAUUUGAAAGACAAAGUCGCUGGUCUGGCAUUGGUACAAAGCCCAUAUGGUGGCACCCCCAUUGCUUCUGAUACGCUCCGCGAAGGCCAGAUUGCUGAUAAGGAAACUAGGAGGAUUAUGGAGCUUUUAAUCUGCAAGUUGAUCAAGGGUGACAUACGGGCAUUGGAGGACCUUACAUACGAGAAGCGGAAGGAGUUCAUCAUGAAGUACAAACUCCCAGAAGAAGUCCCUCUCAUCUCCUUCCACUCUGAAGCAAGUAUUGCCCCGGGAGUCCUAGCAACCAUGACCCACAUAGCUCAUGCAGAACUGCCCUGGCUUCCCCUCCUGAAGUUCGAAAAUGAGGAUUACGAAGAUAUUUCUCGAGCAGGACGUCAGGUGCCUGUGGUGAUGCCUAUAUCUGCAGCCAUGGCAUUGUGUGCGCUCCACCUGCAGCUCCGGUAUGGCGAGAAGAGUGACGGGUUAGUGACAUGCCGUGAUGCUGAAGUUCCGGGCUCGGUUGUUGUCAAACCAGAUAGGAAGCUUGAUCAUGCCUGGAUGGUUUACUCUUCAUCAAAGAAGAAUCCUUCAGAGCCGGAUGCUUGUGAAAUGUGUGAGGCUCUCCUGACUCUACUUGUGGAGAUUGGGAAGACAAAGCAAGAAGAAAUGGGAAAAACUUGAGCACCUAAAAAUACUUAAAAGAAAAGCUUUUUCUUUCUUUCUUGUUAGCAUCUAAAUUGUUUUUCACUGUUCAAGCAAAAACAGAGAACAAUGGUUUUGCACUCCUGUUUACGCGGAUACUUAAUUCGUCCAACGCAAACAUUGGAAGCAAUUCUUUUUUA